UUCCAAACUAGCUUGUCAUUUUUAUAUCAUUUGCUUCGAUCAGUUAUUUUCUUUCAUUCUCAGUGAAUGCUCCUAAAAACUGCAUUUCCAGAUUAAGUUAUUUCAUUGAACUAGACAUUCCCACAAAUUUAAACGUCAAUUCUACUAGUGGGGAAGAUUCGAAUCAUAAUUGUUCGAGCAUCAUUACUCAAUCUUGCAUGAAAGGCAUGUCCACCUAAUUCAAAACUUGGAAUCAAAGAUAUGUGAUUUUCCUCCAGGAUAGUUCUGUAUAUAUGUUACAGAACUUGUAAACAACUUGACUAGGAUCAAACUCUCGUGUGGCCAGUAUUGGUCCACCUAUAUGCAUAAGCAGGGCGAUGGAAUGCCAAAGAAAUGAGGAUUUGGGACCCCAAACGCUCCGAAGACUUGCAGAACAGCUUCAAUGUUACAAACCAUCUAGUCGGGUUGAAGAAUUGGAGAACACUAACGGUCGUAAUAUCGGUUCUAAUUUUGGAAUCACUGAUCCUCUAGAAGGUGAAAAUGAGCAGUUUACUUGUGCAAACUGGAGGAAGAGGAGAGCAGCUGUCUUGAUAUGCCUCUUUGAGGGCUACCAAGGCGAUCUACGCGUUAUUCUUACCAAGAGAUCUAUGAAGUUGUCAUCUCACCCUGGAGAUGUAGCAUUGCCAGGAGGAAAAAUGGAUCAAGGAGAUACGGAUGACUCUGCUACUGCAUUAAGAGAAGCUAUGGAGGAGAUUGGCUUGGACUCACGUUUGAUUCAAGUAGUUGCAAAUUUAGAGCCCUUCAUCUCUCAGAACCAACUCAGGGUUGUUCCAGUGGUAGGACUACUUGCCAAGAUUGAAGACUUUAGGCCUGUGCUUAACUGUGAAGAGGUUGAUGCUGUUUUUGAUGUCCCACUGGAAAUGUUUCUCAAGGAAGAAAAUCAUAGAUCUGAAGAAAGGGAAUGGAAUAGUUGGAAGUAUGUUUUCCAUUGUUUUGACUUCGAAACGGAGCAAGGAGCUUUUACCAUAUGUGGUUUGACUGCAAGCAUUCUUAUUAGAGCAGCCUCGGUUAUCUACCGGCGGAUUCCAUGUUUCGCUGGCGAUCUCCCUGACUUUCAACAGUUGCAAAGAGCGUUGAUUAAUGCAGCAUAAUAGUUGUGCUUCCAUCGGGUUCAAAAUUGCAUAAGCAUCAGCAAAUCAGUGACCAAGAUUUGAUGCCUUCUUGUUUCCAUGUAAUUGUCAAUCAAUAUAUUAGGCUAAUUUUGUUGAAUAUAACAUAAAUAAUCUUUUUUCCGAGUCUCAUAUUUUAUAAGAAUAGCAAGUAUAUAGUAUU